AGUUUAAUGUCUUCAGUGGACGCUCCAGAGGUGGAUCCUGCCUCACAGACGGAGAGUACCUUCUCUGUCGGCUUCACAGACCUACAUGAGUCUCUGAAUGAACUGGAGGACCACGACCUGGAUGCUCUGGUUGCUGACCUCAGAUCAAAAUCAUCCACCUCAGAAGAGCUUCUCCCCACAGAUCAACACACAGCCGUGACGCAGGAACCUGAGCCAGCAGCUGCCCCUCCUCCACCGUCCAACUCUGCUGGAUCCUCCGCAGGGCUGCAGAUGAGCGAACCCCAGACAAAGACAGACAAAAUCAAACUGGCUCUGGAGAAGCUGAAAGAAGCCAAAGUGAGGAAGUUGAUUGUAAAGGUGCUGAUGAGUGACGGCAGCUCAAAGACGCUGAUGGUGGAUGAGAGACAGACGGUCCGAGAGGUUUUGGACAAGCUGUUUGAGAAGACGCACUGUGACUGCAGCAUGGACUGGAGCCUGUGUGAGACCAACCCUGAGCUGCAGAUCGAACGAGGUUUUGAGGACCACGAACACUUAGUGGAGCCCCUGUCUGCGUGGACUCGCCUCAGUGAAAACAAAAUCUAUUUUGUGUCAAAACCUCAGAAGUAUGUGAUGUUCACAGACCCUCAGUUAUUUUACAUGUGGAAGAAGAAGAAGGCAUGUUUGAGUGGGAUUAACGAGCAAGCCAAACAGCUCUUAAUCAAG